GUUCUGUUGCUAUCGCGGGGCCACGUAGAAAGCUCUUGAAGUUUGUUUUCUUCUCUGUGGUACGCAUUUCCGGCUGCUGGAAACCUCUGCCGGAAGAAACUCUCAUUCAGUUACUCGCCCUUCGUAAGCGCGAAAGCCCUCCUUGAACACGUGUUCAACAAAAAACCUGUGCCUCCUUCACCAGCGCUGUUACUUGGGGCAGGAGAGGCCCCCCGGGGACAAGCGUAUAUCCAUUAACGAUCUUUUUAGCUUUUUAUAUCCCCGCCGAGGCUUUCUCAUCGCUGCGUUCUCCUCGGUGCGCUUACACGAAUGCCACUGCAGUCGUUGAGGUACUGCACAUCAACACAGCAAAGCGAGCGCUUCCCUUUUUAUUUUCUCUAAUACAGCUACUCCGAUAAUCGCAUUUACUAUCGUCCAUUCAAUUCGGCGGAAGACUGCCACACCCUCCUUUAGGUUUCUGUUUUCGUCGGUUCAUUCGAAAUCUGUGAUGCGUAACGCCUUCGCUACCUUCUCCUUGUAACUAAUUGAGUAACUACCCCAACACAACCACCACAACCACUACAGGGAUGUCCACACUUGAAAAGGAGAUAUCUUUUCUCCUCGCUGUAGCGGUGCUGGUGGGGAAUGAAGAGGGCAUCACAGACGAGGCGCAACAAGAGCGGGUGGUGGAGUCGUCUCGCCAACUUUCUUCAAGAGAGCGCGACGUGCUCUCGGAGCUUCUCCUCUCUGAAAAACAAGCCGACGACUACUCCGUCCGCGCCUCCGACGCGCCGCCCCCUCUUGCAGAAAUGGUCACCCUCCUUGAGGAGAGUCCGUUGUCUGCCAUGUACACCGGUGAGACGACGAGCCCAUACACGCGCUUCAUUCUCAGCUUUUACAGCUCCGCCCUUUACGCGCAGCUCCCGGCGAAGGUGAACACCGCAGCAGUGCGGCUCUUCCAACGCUUCCUGUGCACGUGCCGCAAAGAGACGCUGGGCCGCCUGCACGAAGGCUGCGGCAACACGACGAUGGACGUGGUGCUGCGCGAGUGUCUCACCCUCGCUGGGAAUAUUUCUUCCACCGUGCAGAUCGCCUCCCCGACGAACGUGACGGGUGCGGUGCUGGGCGAACUCGACUACGACGCCCACGAGGUGUCCCCGCUGGACUUUUUGGAUGUCUUUGUGCCGCACAUCCCGUAUCUCUCGCAGAUGUGCCAGCAGGCGUCUCUGCUGCUGCUGGCCCACGAGGACAUGCUGCACGCGCCGUCGUCGUUUGUUGUCCUGCUCACAAUUCUCUUCACCGUGCGGAACAUGGGCGGUGGGGAGGAGCAGGUGGCGCGUCUCAUGCGUGCGUGGCCGGACGAGCGACAGGCGCUGUUUUCCCGCAUGAACGCCUUCUUAAACAACUUCACAUAG